GUGGGCAGAGCCAGAGGGAACAGGGCAGUCACCUGAGCUACCCCUGCAAGAAGCCAGCAGUGAGCUGAGAUGAGGUCGUGGCUGUUCAUCUGCUCGGUGGCUAUGGUCACCUUAGUGACAUCCAGGCCCACAGAGGAAAGAGUCCUUGCUUUCGGAACCAGCGGGAGCCUGUGUCAGGAGAACAUGUCAAAGCAGAGCUGCCAGAUGCCAGAACUGCGGCUCCUCCUCCUGGGGAAAAGCCGCUCAGGAAAAAGUGCCACAGGAAAUGCCAUUUUGGGCAAAGAUGUGUUCGCAUCCAACUUCAAUGAUCAGAUAGUGACCAAAAUGUGCCAGAGAGAAAGUCAGGUCCUGAGAGAAAGGAAGGUUGUGGUCAUUAAUACCCCUGACCUUUUCUCCCCAGUAGCUUGUGCUGAAGACAAGCAACGCAACAUCCAACACUGCCUGGAGCUCUCUGCCCCCAGCCUCCAUGCCUUGCUCUUGGUAAUUACCAUAGGCCAUUUCACAAGGGAGGAUGAGGAAACGGUCAUGGGCAUCCAACAAAUGUUUGGAGCUGAAGCCAGGAGGCAUAUCAUUAUUGUCUUCACCCAGAAGGAUGAUUUGGGGGAUGACUUGCUGCAAGAUUUCAUUAAAAACCACAAAUCUCUCAAGCAGUUGGUUCAAGACUGUGGGGGCCGAUACUGUAUUUUCAACAAGGCUGUUACUAAGGAUGAGCGAGUCAGCCAGGUGUCGGAGCUCCUUCACAAGGUCAAAGAUUUGGUGAAAAUGAACCGAGGACCCUAUCAUGUGAACCUCAAAACUGAAGGCAGCAGAUUUCAAGACUCUGUGAAUGAAGCUGCAUCUCAAGAGGGAGACAAGCCACAUGGUCUUGUACGUGACUCAGCUACAGAGCCUCCUGACGUGAGCAUGGCUGAGAGUGAGGACCGCUCUCUGAGGAUCGUUCUGGUAGGGAAAACCGGAAGUGGGAAAAGUGGGACAGCGAACACCAUCCUCGGAAAGCAAAUCUUUAAGUCUAAAAUUGCUGCCCAAGCUGUUACCAAGACCUGUCAAAAAGCAUCCCGGACCUGGCAGGGGAGAGACCUUCUUGUUGUUGACACUCCAGGGCUCUUUGACACCAAGGAGACCCUGGACACCACUUGCAGGGAAAUCAGCCGCUGCGUCCUCGCCUCCUGCCCAGGGCCCCAUGCUAUUGUCCUGGUUCUGCAGCUGGGUCGCUACACAGAGGAAGAGCAGAAAACCAUUGCAUUGAUUAAGGCUGUCUUUGGGAAGCUAGCCAUGAAGCACAUGGUCAUCUUGUUCACUCGCAAAGAAGAGUUGGAGGGCCAGAGUCUGGAUGGCUUCAUAGCAGAUGCGGAUGUGGACCUAAAAAGCAUUUUAAAGGAGUGCGGGAACCGCUGCUGUGCCUUUAGCAACAGCAGCCUAACAAGUGAGGCAGAGAAGGAAGCUCAGGUGAAGGAGCUGGUGGAGCUGGUAGAGAAAAUGGUGCAGUGCAACAAAGGGGCUUACUUUUCUGACGCCAUAUACAAGGACACAGAGGAAAGGCUGAAACAACGGGAAGAGGUUUUGAGGAACAUCUACACUGACCAAUUAAAUGAGGAAAUUGAACUAGUAGAAAAGGAAUAUGAGCAUAAAUCAGAGGAAGAAAAGAAGGAAAAAAUAAAAUUGCUAAAAAUGAAAUAUGAUGAAAAAAUUAAAAAUAUAAGGGAAGAAGCUGAGAAAAAUAUAUUUACAGAUGUUUUAAGUAGGAUAUUGAAGAUGCUUUCCAAAAUAUGGCAUACGUUUUGGUAGUAAUAUAAAUUUUAUUCUUUCUUCUUAAUUUACUAUGAUUUGUCAAUGUGAUGAAUCGUAUCUUCCAAAUAUAGUUGCAAAAAUACCUCCCUCUCCUUAGCUUUAUUAAGGUUUCAUUGACAAAUAAAAAUUGAGUAUGUUUAGGGUGUAUAAUAUGAUGUUUUAAUAUAUGUAUAUGUACAUUGUGAAAGAAUUAACUCAAGGUAAUUAACACAUCGAGCACCUCUUGGUUACUAUUUUAUUUGGUGUGGUGAGAACAUUUGAGGCCUAAUCUCUUAGCAAAUUUCAAAAAUGCGAUACAGUAUUAUUAAGUAUAGUCAUCAUGCUGUAUGUUAGAUCUCCAGAGCUGAUUUAUCCUGAAUAACUAAAGUUUUGUACCAACAAUUCUCCAUUUCCCCCAAUGCCCAGUCCCUGGCAACCAACAUUCUAUUCUUUGCUUCUGUGAGUUCUACUUUAUAAAAUUCCACAUGUAAGUGAGAUCAUGCAAUACCUGUCUUUCUGUGCUUAGCUUAGUUUACUUAACAUAACGUCCUCUGGGUUCAUUGAUACUAUUGCAAAAGACAAGAUUUAUUUCUUUUUCAAGGUUGACUAAUGUUCCAUUAUUAAUAAAAUGUUAAUAAUGCACCAUGUUUUCUUUAUCCACUCAUCUGUCCAUGGACACACUUGGGUUAUUUCCUAUCUUGGCUAUUGUGAAUAAUGUGUAGUGAGCAUGGGAGUGCAGAUAUUUCUAUAAUAAUGCUCAUUGCAGCAUUACUCGCAAUGGAUAAAGAUAUAUUUCAGUGGAAUAUAUAUUUAUAAGCCAUCUAGUUUAUGGUAUUUUUAUAGCAGCCCAAAUGGACUAAUACCUAAAGGAAAUGAAAUCUAUCUUUAUCACACACACACACACACACACACACACACACACACACACAUAUUCAGUAGAAUGUGUGUUUAGUGGAAUAUAGACUCAGGGGUCUCUGUUGGGCCUCUUUAAUGAUGGCAUGAAUUUCAUUCAUGGGGCCUCUGCCCCCAUGACCUAAUCACCUCCCUAGGGCCUUUCUCCUUAUACCAUCACAUUGGGGGUGAGGAUUUCAAUAUAUGAAUUUUGGAGGGACAUAAUCAUUUAGACCAUAGCAUCCUAUUCCUGGCUCCCCAAAAUCUAUGCCCUUAUCAUGUGCAAAAUACAUUACUUUCAUCCCAGUAGCCCCAAAAGUCUUGUUCCAGCAUCAAUUUUAAAAUGUAACUUCAAAGUCUCAUCUAAUUAUCAUCUAAAUCAGUAAUGGGUGAGACUUAAAGUACAAUUUAUUCUGAGGCAAAUUGCUUUCCGGUUGUGAAUCAGUGAAAUCAAGCAUAUUAUGAGCAUCGAACAUAGUAUGGUGGGAGAGGCACAGGACAGACAUUCUCAUUCUGAAAGGGAAAUAUAGGAAUGAAGAAAGGAGUGACAGUUACCAAGCAAGUCCAACAACCUAUGGCUCAAGAAUAAUCUUUUUUGGCUUGAUGCUGUCAAGGUCCACUGAUAUGGAAGUCCUGCCUUUUGGACUCUUUUUGGUGGUAGUCCAGCCUCCAAAACUUUGCCUGCCCCCACAGCUUUGCUGGGUUCAGCACACACUGCACCAGAACCUGCCAGAGCCGCACCUAGGGGAGCUGAGCAAAAUGGCAACAGAGUGUGGGGAGCAGAGUCCAGAAUGUGAGGUAACGCUGGGCAGCAGUGGCCCCUCCUUUGAAAUUGUUUCGGUCCCCAAGGUCCUAGCCUUCUGUGAUGGCGGUCAGCCCCAGGAUUUCUGAAAUGCCUUUGGGGUCAUUCUCCCAUUGUCCUCGCUUAGACAGUAGGUCCUUGCUUCUGUUUAGAUGGCUCACUGCCUUCAUCAAUAGUACAUGGCUUCCAUUGAGAUGGCUGAUCCAUACUAAUUUCCUUUGUCAAAUGAUCAAUAGGCCACAUCGUUUCUUUUCUGAAAAAGCUUUCUUAUUUUUUUCCAUUAUGGAUAGACUAAGAAUUUUCCAAAUGUUUAAGUUCUACUUCCCUUUGACUAAAAAAUCCAUUUGUAUUUAUCUCUUUUCACAUUUUACUAUAGGCAGUGAACAGAAGCCACACUGUAUCUUCAGCAUUUUGCUUAUAAAUUUUCUCAGCCAGAUAUCCAAUUUCAUCACUCACAAAUUCUACCUUUCACAAAGCACUUGAACAAUAACACAACAUAGGCAAUUUCUUUGCCACUUUAUAAUAAGGAUUUCCGUUCCUCCAUUGUCCAACAGCACAUUCUUCAUUUCUCUCUGAGACCUCAUCAGAAUGGUCUUUACUACCAAUAACCUAAGUUAUUGGUGUGUCUACUUAGGUAUUUGCUAAGAAAAUUGAGGCUUUCUGAACCUCAGUAGAAUCAUCCUUAAUGGUCCAUUCAGAGCAAUGCAGGCUUUCUCUAGCACAAACCUCUUACUUCCAGCCUUUACUUAUUACCCAGGUCCAAAGCUGCUUACACAUUUUAGGUGUUUGUUACAGCAGCACCCUCAGUUCUUGGUACCAAUUUUUGCUCUUAGUUUGGGCUGCUAUUACAAAAUACUAUAAGCUGCAUGGCUUAUAAGCAACAGAAAUUUAUUUCCUAUGGUUCUGGAGGCUGAGAAGUCCAAAGCACUGGCAGAUUCAGUGUCUAGUGACGGCCCACUUCCUCAUAGACAUUUAUCUUUUCACUCUAACCUCACAUGGUGAAUGGGACAAGGAUUUUCUCUUGAACCUCUUUUAUUUUUGUUUUUGUUUUUAAAUUUCUUAUUGAGCCUCUUUUAUAAGUGCACUAAUCACAUUUAUGAGGUCACUACCCCCAUGACCUUGUCACCUUUCAAGAGCCCCACCUCCUGUUAUCAUCACAUUGAGCAUGAAGAUUUCAACGUAUCAAUUUUGUGGGAACAUAAACAAUCAGACUGUAACAGAUACAUAUCCAGAAGUGGGAUUGGUAGAUUAUAUGGUAGUUCUUAUUUUUAAUUUUUGGGGGAACUUCCAUCCUGUUUUCUAUAAUGGCUGUACCAAUUUACAUUCCUGCCAGGGUUAUUUUUUUCCCACAUUCUUGCCAAAACUUGAUAUCUUUUGUCUUUUUUAUAAUAAUUCUACUUACAGGUAUGAGAUAAUGUCUCAUGUGGUUUUGAUUUGCCUUUCAUUCAUGAUUAGUCUUGUUGGACAUUUUUUCAUAUACGUGUCAUAAAGAUAUUUGUGUGUCUUAUUUUGAGAAAUGUCUGUUCAGGUCCUUUGCCUAUUUUUUAAAUUGGGUUAUGUGUUUAAUUGUUGUUGAGUUGUUUAAGUUCCUUCUGUAUUUUGAAUAUUAACCCCUCAUCAGAUGUAUAAUUUACAAAUAUUUUCUUCUAUUCCAUAGGAUGUCUCUUUAUUGAUUGUAUCUUUUGCUAUACACAAUAUGUUUGGUUUGAGGUAACCCUGUUUGCCUAUUUUUGUGUUUGUGGCCUGUGCUUCUGGUGUCAAAUACAAAAAAAAUCACCAUCCA